GCAGAACACUGCAUCAGUGACAUCUUAGAUUCACCUAUCCAGGACUCUCAGGCUGCCCUUAAUCUAGGUGUUCAGAAUAAGGUAGUCGACUUAUUUGAAAUGAUUGAAAAAAUGCAGAGAAGUCGUUUGGAUGAGCAAAGAUGUUCACUUCCAGCAACACUGAAGAGAGAAGAGGAAUACAUCCCAUAUCCCAGCAUCCAUGAGGUAUUGCAGAGGGGCUGGCCGUACCCUCUAAUCAUCUUACCACAGUUUGGGGGUUACUGGAUUGAAGGGACCUCUCACAGCCUACCCGUAUCAGGCCUUGAGUUGCAAGACUUGCCAUCUCCUUGCAGUGGCAAAGUGAGGCUGGAGUGUGAUCCAACAGCAAAGCUGUACCGCAAAUACUUCCUAGGAAAGGAGCAUCAGAAUUUCUAUGCCAAUGAUUCAGCUUUGGGCUACUUGGUUCUUUCUGUGAAGUAUGAACAGGUCGAAGAGCAAGACCAUCUCCAUCUGUUGCUGAGAGCCCGAGCCUCUACCAAGCAUGAUCUCAUUCCCAUAUCCUGCCUGACAGAGUUUCCUAAUGCUGUCCAAAUGGCCAAGUUACUCUGUGAAGAUGUGAAUGUUGACCGCUUCUUUCCUGUGCUGUAUCCUAAGGCUUCCCAACUCAUUGUUGCAUUUGAUGAACAUGUCAUCAGCAAUAACUUCAAGUUUGGCGUCAUCUACCAAAAAUUUGGGCAGACCACAGAGGAAGAAGUCUUCAGUAAUACAGAAGAGAGUCUAGGCUUCUUAGAGUUUUUAGAUCUCCUGGGUGAUAGGAUCCAGCUGCAGGAUUUUCGUGGAUUCCGAGGUGGGCUGGAUGUCACAAGAGGUCAAACAGGAACAGAAUCCGUCUACACAAAUUUUCGGGGCAAAGAGAUCAUGUUCCAUGUCUCUACAAUGUUGCCUUUCACUGAGGGAGAUGCCCAGCAGCUCCAACGCAAGCGCCACAUCGGGAACGAUAUUGUAGCCAUUGUCUUCCAAGAUGAAAAUACUCCUUUUGUGCCCGAUAUGAUUGCAUCAAAUUUUCUACAUGCCUAUAUGGUGGUGCAACUCCAUCACAAUGCCAGUGGGGAGACUCUGUACAAGGUUUCUGUGACUGCCCGGGAUGAUGUUCCCUUUUUUGGACCCCCUCUUCCAAAUCCAGCAGUAUUCAAAAAGGGUGCAGAUUUCCGUGAAUUUCUUCUGGCAAAGCUUAUCAAUGCGGAGUAUAGCUGUUACCAUGCCGAAAAAUUUGCCAAGUUGGAAGAGCGUACCCGCAGUGCACUUUUGGAGAGCCUUUAUGAAGAACUUCAGAUUCGUAGCCGCAGCAUGAUGGGCCUGGCCUCGGGGGACGAGGACAAAAUAGAGAAUGGGGGUGGUGGCUUCUUUGAGAAUUUCAAGCGGGUGAUCCGAGGCCGUAGCCAGAGCCUGGACACUAUGGGGAUAGCCAUGAGGAAACAGCAGCAGCAGCAGCAGCCCCCAGCAACUCUACCCAGCCGCCCAGCUACUGCAGGCCUUGCCCUCAACCCAAGUAUCGCCGAGGGCCCCAAGGCUAUUGCUGCGUCCUUUGCCCUGCCUGGGAGAAGCCCAUCACGCAAUCGAGGCAGCCGCUUCAGUGGGAGACGUAGUAGUGCCAUUGGCAUUGAGAACAUCCAAGAGGAAAAGAGCAAAGAUGUGGCUGAAAGGAUACAGAAGGUAUUGGAGAGUCCUGGACCCUUCUUUGAUCUCAAGUCAGAUGGUUCCUCGAGUCCUAGUUCACCAGAAUUCCCUAACAGGAAGAGCAAAGGUCUCUCCAAUCAGACAUCAGGAUAUUGUGUGAUGCAGCCCCUGUCCCGUUCUUCAUCUAAUGUGAGCAGCUGUUGUAGUGGAGUGAGAGAGAAUGAAACAUCAGAGGAGGAGGAGAACGAAGCGGAGUUAAUGUGUUCUCUUGAAGGUCCCCAGAAGCAGGAUGCCCUGGUUCAGAAUGCAUGGUUAGAUGACAAUGUCUGUACACCCAGUAGUACCAGCUCACCAGUAACUCAGCUGCUCCCUUCUAGCAAUGCUGCCGGCUCCAUGGAAAAGGGGAAAAGCAGUAAAGUGGAUGCUCAACGUUACAGCCCAGCCUCCAUUUUAUGCUGUGUGUGAUGCCAUCGCUGGAGGGUAUCUCAGUGCAUGCUGGGUAAUUCACAGGUAA